AUGUCUGUAAAAUUCACAGCACAAGAACUUAAUUAUCUUAUCUAUAGAUAUUUAGAAGAAUCAGGUUUCAAAUUAACAACUCUUGCUUUUAAAACUGAAACACAAAUUGACAAGCUAGACAUUAAUCCAGAAGAUGUUCAACGUGGUGCAUUAAUAACUUAUAUUUUAAAAGGUUUACAAUAUCGGGAUAUAGAAGUACAUUCUAAUCCAGACGGUACCAUAACUAACUGUGAAGCAAUUGUGCCUUUGAUUGGUAAACAUGCUUGUAAAAGAUCCAUGGAUCAUGAACCACUAGUCAUCACCACUCCAAUACCUAAUUCUUAUAAAACAAAUGAAGCAAAUCAAAAUUUAAAUGAUGAUUUAGCUAAACAACAAUCUCAAAAGGACUUAGCAAAAAAUCAAUCAGGCAAAAAAGUUGCACAAAAACAAAUUAAAUCUAACAAAAAUCAAAUAGAUUCAAUAGAUUCACCUGAAUUAGUAAAAAAAUCUCAAGGAGAAUUAAAUAAAAUUACUUCAAUUUCUAAAAGAUCAAUACGUAAAGUAUUAACUUCAAAAACUAAAAAGGAUCAAGAUUCUUUGCCUUCAUUACAAGACCCUAUCAAUAUAAACAAUGAAAUCCCAAUAACAAGACAUUCCAUUAAUGAAACAACAACAACUUCAUCAACUGAAAUAAUAAAACCAUUAAUUGAUGAUGAAUAUACAACACUUGAAGGGCAUGUUGGCGAAGUUUAUUUUUGUAAAUGGCAUCCUAAUGAUCCAAAUGUCUUGGCUACCGCAGGUCGUGAUUCUGUUUUGAGAAUCUGGAAAACCGAUCAUCAAGGAAAUUUUACUGAUGCUUUAAAAAUGGGAAAUGACGAGUUUUACUAUGAUAAUUUUAUAUGUUCAGUAGAUUGGAGUCCAAAUGGUAAACUUAUAGCAGCAUCAUAUUUUAGAGGUGUACCCAAAAUUUGGACAGAUCGAGGUUGUUUAAAAACAAUAUUAGAUUUUAAUAAAAAUUCUGUUACCAGAAUAAAAUGGAACCCAUCAGGAUCUUUAAUUAUUACUGCCGGUUGUGAUAAAAUUAUUAUUUUAUGGGAAGCCUAUUCUACAACUAUAAAAAAAAGUUAUUGUUUACAUAAAGAAACAAUAACAGAUUUAGUAUGGAAAAAUGAUAUGAUUUUUGCAUCAUGUUCAUAUGACAAAUCAAUAUACAUCUAUGAUAUUACAAAAGAAAAUCCGAUUGAACAAUAUCUCGGUCAUGAGGAUAAGAUUUUUUGCUUAGCAUGGGAUCCUUCUAAAAAAUAUCUUGCAUCAGGAUCUGCUGAUAAAACAGUUAGAAUUUGGACUGAUAAUCACAAGGAACCACUUCAUGUACUUCAACACAAAAGUGGUAUAAAUUUAUUAAGUUGGUCACCUUGUAUAUCCAGUAAAAAUUCAGCAGCAAUUCUUGCAAUAUCGACAAAAGAUGAACAAAUAAGUAUUUGGAAUGCAAUUAAUGGACAAUUUUUGCACAUUACUGAUCAACUAUCUAAACCGAUCAAGUCUAUUACCUGGCAUCCAAAAGGUGAAUGGCUAGCAUAUGGUUCAACUGAUUCAACUGCCAGGUUUCUUUCGUUAAAAAAUAAGGAAAUGUCUUGCUGUGCACCAUUUUCCAUUAUUGAUUUGGCUUGGAAUAUGAAUGGAUCCAAAAUUGCUGCUAGUUUAGGAAAUGGUAAGAUAGUUGUUUGGAAUUGGAUAUAA